ACCAACGCUACGACGUACGACGAAAACCAGUGUAUGGUAUAGUUGCAAUAAAAAUAAUUCGGCAACUUCAUCUACAACUUAGCAUACUGUCAACGAAACGUCGAAAAUGUGGGAAAAGUGUACAAACGGUUAUCGAAUUUUUUCGUAUUUAUUAUAACAGUCAAAUUAUGCAAUCAUGUGGCCGGCGAGACACGAGACGAUGACCCGCGAUGAAUGCAGAAAAUGUUUACGAUGUUUGGAACUUGAAGCAUAUGGGAACAUGGUAUCUGUCUUACGUGCUCAAGGUCCUUUUACUAAUGAGAAACAAAAACUGCUACAGGAACUUGCUAAAGUUUUACAUAUUUCUAAUGAGAGACAUCGUGCUGAAGUGAGAAGAGCCGUUAAUGAUGAAAAAUUAGCAACGAUAGCUGAACAAUUAAGUGGUCCAAAUACUGGCACUGAUUGGAGCAUCGAAGGCCGCCGUACAAUUCCACUAUUACCUAGAUUAAAGGGUCGAUCGGCGUUCACGACGUUAGCAAAUAGCUUGUCCCUCACAACAGCAGUGGCGAACAAAAGGAAUCGUCCCGUUCAUGAGAAAGCAGAGGAUGCAAAAGAUAUUAUCAACGAAUCUCCCAUGAAGUUAAAAGUACAAGAAAAUUCGUUUAGCAAUUACGAGUUCGAGCCUAAUGAAGAUAAAUUAAGCGAUGAGGUCAUAGAGUCGGAUAGGAAUAAGGAAAUCAACAAUUCAAGCAAUACCCCUGAGGUUAGCGAAAGAUGUACCGUUUCUGAAAAGCGUAAACCUUCCUCCCCUCUCUCGUCAACACAACCGAACAAGGUUUUAGUAAUGUCUUCAAGUCCUCCAGGAAUUGAUUAUCAUGAUACCAGUGAUAAUGUAACAUUAGGAAAUACUAUUCAUCCAUCUCGAAUUCCUGAAAAUUCGUUGCCACAUCACAACGUUACAAUAAUACCGUUGAAUGUAAAUUGUGAAGAAAAUACAACAGAAUCUAUAGAAUCACAAGUACAAGAAAGUGCCAGUAAUCACUCAGUAAUUCCAUCUAGUAAUGUGAACGCAGUGAUACCCAUAAUUACAACGGGAAUCGCCACAACUACGGGAAGAAUAAUCACGGCGCAAAGCAAGAUUAACGCGAAAGCAGGACCGGCGAUUCUGACGUCUGGUAGCUUGCCAGAAAAUAAUUUACAGUCUGAUACAGAGGAUGCAUGUGUACAAGAUAGUUCAAAUCCUAAAACAGUAUCACCUGCGUCGGACAGUUCCCCAAUAGCAUCAAGUUCGGAAGAUCUCAGUUCAGUUACAAGUAACGUGAAACGCGUUGUGUCAGUAAUACAUCCAAGCGUGAAACCGCCGAUAUCUAAAACUGUUACCUCAAGUAAUUCACAUCGGCUGAUGGCCGUGUGUCCUGUUACAACAGUAUCGAACGGGCCAGGGCCGCCUCAGGCCAAGCAAAUCACAACGUUAACUUGUAAAAAACUACCUACAACGCUCAAUAAUCAAACCACUGCCAAAAUGGGUGUUACAUUGAAUUCUAAUAAAACUGUAAAUAUAUCUCCCCAUCCCGAUGCGAAAUUAGGAUCGAAAACGAACGUGAUCGUUAUACAAAAGGGUCAGACUAAAGGUCUAACUCUUUCUCAUGCAGGCAAGGAAGUAUUAGGAAAAGUCAUAAUGGGUGGAAAAAGCUUGUGCGUUACGAGCCAACAUAAUGCUGCUAUUAGUGUGGUGCCGCGCCAUAUUACAUUAAAUAACGGAGAUCAAGCUGUAACUAUGAUAUCUACAACAAACUCAUCUCAUACAGAAUCUAUCACAUCCAAUAUAAAGUCUGGUAAUGCUAUCAUGUUCAAUCUUCGGCAGGAUGUUUUGGAAAAGAAUAAAACAUUGUCUCAUCUCUUCGAAUCAUCCAAUGUUCUUACCUCUGAAUCUAAGACUGUGAUACAAAAUGCGAAUGCUUGUCUAUCAAAAGAACCAAGUAACAGUGAUUUACAUGUACAGGAUAAAGAGUUAAUUGUAAAAACCGACGCUGUAAUUACUACUACUGUUAAAGAUGAAAAACACAGGAAAGUAAAAAAAAACUAUAUUCGAACGCAAAUUUUUAUUUCACGGAUUCUACGGAUCCUAAAAAAUAUUUUAAAAAACUAA